AUGGCCUACAUUGGCAAGGGCAUUCAAGUGGGUCUGUCCUGGGUAAAAACAAAAGCCGGAGACCUCCCGGAGGGUGCCAUUGAGACGCAGCCCGGUGUCUACAUAUGCCGUGCCGUGCACGAUGGUGAACAAAUACCCGGCAAAUAUGUUCCACGUUAUGCUAAAGCCUACGUCUGCCACGCUGGCAAGGAACACCAAAAGACGGAGUGUGAGGUACUCUGCGAUACCAGUAUACACGGGCAUUGUGGCUGGUAA